GCUGCCUAUUUCUCUUUUUCUUUUUUCCCCGUGUGGUGUCGGUGCGCGGAGUAGCUGGUUUAAGCGGUCAGAGGGUUGCCCAUGGGGUUCUUUUAAAAAAUGACGACUUGCGCAAGUGCUAACAACCAACAGGUCAACUGCAUUGUUGGACACCGUGGUCUGUCGUGCCCUUCUCCGGCGAGCGGACGCAGUCGGGCGCGCUGCCGCGUAUGAGCCACCGCGGGACCGGGUCUCGGCUCCGCCAGCUCUGAGGUUCAGGAUGAGAAAACCCAGAGUGGGUCGGAUGGUUCUGGCGACAUGCGUGGGGUCUUUCAUCAUUGGCAUAUUCUACUUUCAGAGCAACUUAAAGCCAGGGGCAGAGGCGGGCAGCGGGCAUGCAGGCUGGCAGGGGAAGUCUGGGAGGAGUCCGCUGCAGACGCUGUACGACGGUGACCAGCUGGACCUGUCGGCCGCGCAGGUGACCCACCAGGGGCGGCGGGAGCUGCUGGAGGCGGCGUGCCGGGCCUACACCCGCAAGCGGCGCGUGCUCAUCCCGGAGGACCUGAAGCACCUGAUGGUGGACGACCGGCACGGGCUGCUGUACUGCUACGUGCCCAAGGUGGCCUGCACCAACUGGAAGCGUGUGCUGAUGGUGCUGACGGGCGACGGGCGCUACGCCGACCCGCUGCAGAUCCCCGCCAACGAGGCGCACGUGGCGGGGAACCUGCGCACGCUCUCCGAGUACUCCACCGCCGAGAUCAACCACCGCCUGCGCACCUACCUGAAGUUCGUCUUCGUGCGCGAGCCCUUCGAGCGCCUGGUGUCCGCCUACCGCAACAAGUUCACGCGCAGCUACAACACCGCCUUCCACAAGCGCUACGGCACCAAGAUCGUGCGCCGGCACCGGGCCAACCCCCGGCCCGAGGCCUUGGAGCGCGGCGACGACGUCUCCUUCGAGGAGUUUGUCUACUACCUGGUGGACCCGCACACGCAGCGGGAGGAGCCCUUCAACGAGCACUGGGAGCGGGUGCACUCCCUCUGCCACCCCUGCCUCAUCCACUACGACGUGGUGGGCAAGUACGAGACGCUGGAGCAGGACUCGCGCUACGUGCUGCGGCUGGCCGGCGUGGAGGACCAGGUCCGCUUCCCCACCUCGGGCAAGAGCACCAGGACUACGGGGGACAUGGCGGCCCAGUUCUUCCACGACAUCAGCCCCUUCUACCAGAAGAAGCUCUACAGCCUCUACCGCAUGGACUUCCUGCUCUUCAACUACUCCACGCCCGCCUACUUGAGGUUUCGGUGAGAGGGCGGCCUCCUUCCAGCGGGGGAAGCCCCCCCCUCCCCGAAGGAGCUUCGGGUGAAGCGCGGCCUCGAUCACUCGAGCUUUUUAUUCCCGAGGUUUUUUUGAAAGGUCCGCUGCGGGCUGGGCAUUCGUUGGACCCGAGGACAGAUCAGCCAUAAGAGAUUAAAAGCGCUCUGCUCCUUCAAGUGUGACCCAUUGCCUUCAUGUGUCUAAAAUGCAGUACGCACACAGCUUUGUUAAUCCCUGUUGACGAAAACAGUGAGCACAUCGAGGACUUACGUGUAACGCUUUCUUUUUAGGCAUUGGCCUUCAGGAGAACGGUGGAGUUUUCUCUCUGUAUGCACAGAGCUAGGCCCUUGAGAAAAGCCUCCUUCGCAGUGCCUUGACGAACUGACGACCUCAUAGAAGGGAAGCUUAGCCAAUCAGAUGCUACCUUCUAGGGAGAUAGGAACACUGUGUGAACAGCCUAUGUUUUAUUUAUGUUAUUUUGUCUUUGUAUUUAUUGUGAACUGGUACUGUGAGGUCAUCUUGGGAAAAAGAGAAAACUUUAAAGGAAGCCUUAGUACUGCUCUCUGAAAAUACCCGGCAUGCAUCAGUCUUCACCAGUUUGUACUGACCGUUUCCAGUAAUGCAAAUUCAGCGUGUACGGGCCUGUAGGGUUGGUUCUUUAAGAGAAUUAAACCCAGGGAAGGUGUUUAGUUGGACACAGGGCAUUUGUGGGUCUGUGUCUUACUGGCUAUUUAAGUUCUGUGUGCUUGGUACGCCCAACUGAAUGCUUUAGCAGGGGUAAGAGUGCAAUGACAGUAAUAUUUCAGGAAACACCCCGAGGUGCCCUUUGAAUGAGAACAUUAAUUAGACAUUAGACAAAGACAGAGUAAAAGAACAGCUGUGGACAUUCUCAUUGGCCCUACACACCUGGCUGAUGCGUGGGUGUCGUUUUGCGAUUGGCUGAGCACUGCAUGUCACGACGCCACUGUCAGUGUGCAGAGAGGCCUGUUGCCUAAGAUCCUGUCGCAGUCCGUUUCAGUGUUACUCCAGCGCAAACACAUCUGUUAAAAGCCGCAUGGUUUUCAACGGACUGUGUGAGCAAUAACGGCCGCCGUGUCGCAAGGCUGUCGGUGACCACAGAUCAGUUCCAGUGGUGAAGGCUGCCUCUCUCAUCUCUGGCGCUUGCUUGCUGUAGCCUCUGAAGGAGUUCUCCCUCACAUAGCCUGAGUGUGGACGAGCAGGGCUGCCACAUCUCCACAGCUUCUGGGCUCAUUGCGUAGGGUAGCGGCUUUGCAUCUCUUUAUUUAAUUAUUCGUACUUCUGUGGGUAUGAUUUUUGUAAUUGACGCUGUGCAGUUCUUUGGAUGAUGUCGGAAGCGCGUGAAGACCGAUGCGAGUUAAGAGAAGUUAAGCAAGUAAACCGCGGUCAAAACAACCAAACAAACCAAAAAUGAUCCACUUUCAGAUUCAUUAUAGGUCUUGCAAAUAUUUAUUCACAAUAUGGAACACUCAGUCUACAUUAAGGGGAAAACACGUAUUUAUACUGAGGAAACUGUGAAUUUAAAAUCAGUGUGCACUAGAUUACACCAAACAGAUGUCAGUAGUGCUUAAGUGGUUACAGGAACCCACUCAACAAAAUGCAGUAAACCAGUACUGCAUUCAUCUUUUCCUUUGUGUCUUGCUCCUAAUUCCGCUGUGUUGCAUUGUAUUGUAUGUGUUAUUGAGAAGGUCACUUGAAUCAAGGGGGAUCAGAGCAGGAUGGAGCACUUCUAUCGAUAAAAGUCACACUACUUGUGUGGCAAAGAACAUGCAGUAUUUGUGAGUGUACUGUACCAUGCAUAUGAACAAUAAUCUGGUUUAACAGACACCGUAGUACCAUGUUUCCAAAUAAAACAGAUGCCAAACUCUGAUGGCCAUCUUCAUAUUAUUUCAGCUUGGCGCUAUGGAUUAUGAAUCUGUUAGAACAGCUCCAUAACCUGGUUUCAUUCGCAGGGGUCAACAGUGAAGCCUGGAUUCAGUCAAGUCACCCCCCAGGAGAAGCACACUUUCACAUUCAAACUAAAACAAACCUUCCCAGAUUAUCACAAUAUUUGUAUUUACUGUGAAACAAGUGUCAGGUAAAUUUCUGUCAUGCUACAAUCUUCAUCUGCAGUUGAGAGCAUGGUGCAGACUUUAUAUAAU